AUGGCGUCCACAACUGGCUUAGAUGCAGAGACUCUGCAAAAGAAACUACGCUCCGCUCUGUGGUUCCAGGUGGGCAAGAUCGUUGACGAAGAGAGCAUCAACCUCGGUGUGAAUGCCACGCCACAGUUUAUUGGGAGUUUGAUGGAGUUAGUCUGGGCGCAGAUUGGAAAUGUUGCCAUUGACCUUGAGUCGUUCGCCAAACAUGCCGGCAGAACCACCAUCAAGACCGACGAUGUCAUGCUGUUGACCAGAAGAAACGAAGGAUUAGAGACGAUACUACGAGAAGAACUGAAAAAGCUGGAACACAAGAAGGACUCCCACAAGGAAAAGUGA